AAAUGAGUAAAUUAGUUUCUCUGAGCACUUGAGAUUUUUGUAGACUGCUCGGGACGAUAUUCGGACCCUGGGCACGUAGACUAUCUGAAUGUCCCUGAUGAAUUGCAAACUAGAGCGCUACAUGUUACUACGGCGAUCGUUGAACAGGGCUCCAAAAAACCAAAAUACCAAAAAAAAUCAGUUCUUUCGUUGCCUUUUAUUAUUAUUUCAGAGUACCGAGACGUCUUGCCAACUAUUGACCUAUGCAUGAUGCUCGCUUUUUUUCGUACCUCACUGUCCUGGCAGUAGACUUCAACCAGUUUCUAAAUGCCGGCUCUUAUUCGACUUUUCAAUCCAGCCCCCAACAAACGAAAAGACGUAACCAUCAAUUAUGGAAGACCUGAAACCUAACCAGAGGCUUCAUUUAUAUCCACAAGAGCGCUUGCAGACUGUGGGAGCCAUUGCGGCGAUGGCAGGCAGUGCACAGGGCUUUUUCAAUGGAGUGAAAUUAUCAUCUCUCCGGUAUCUCACGGAAAAUGCCCACCGGCUCCCAAAAACCGUUGGCGGUUGGUACUUUUAUCACAAAAAGAAAAACUACAUCAUGCUUUUAGCCGGAUUCAGGCAGGCGGCCACGUUAGCCAUUAAAUACUCCGCUGGUGCAUCUGCGUUUUUGGGUCUAGAGGCGGGCCUUGACUAUGUGCGUGGCACCACUGAUUUUCUCAACACAACAGCUGUAGGCACAGUGUCCUCCUAUAUUUUCGGAUCUGCCAAUCACAUGACGCGAGUGCAGAAAUGGAGUUUUGUCAAAAAGGGCUCGCUUUUGGCGCUCUGCUAUGGUAUGGCCCAGGACGCCUUGAUAUACGGCCGGGGCGGCAAUGUCUGGUAUACGAAAUUUGGGGCCGGCACCAGUAAUAUAAAAAUUUAGAGCCUUCACGAGCCGCAUAUAGGGAACAGGAAAGGCGACGCAGGUGAUUACUCUCACCUUAUUUAUCAUGUGAUCCAGGUCGACAGAUGCUAUACUUGGGGCACAUAUCUCGUGCUUACAAAGACUCUGGCAUAACCUGACUCACGCCAAAUAACAGAAGCACU